AGAGAGGACGAAGGGAACUUGAAAGGAAAUGUUUGCAACUGUUGGCGCCAAAAACUCAAUUCGUUUGGAGGGCGCGCUAAAAGGAUUCGCGGUUCCCUCCACCAAAACAGAACCGCGGGGAAACAGAGGGAGGUAGCCGCCGUGGUCGUGGGAGGAAGAGGGGCGCCAUGCCGAUCGAGCUGCCGAGGGGGCUGCCCUUCGCGGUGGACACUUGGACCCCCGCCUCCGCCCUCAAGCGCCACCGCUUCCUCACCCAUGCCCACCGCGACCACCUCGCCGGCAUCACCACCACCAGCGCCGCCGGCGCCGUCUACGCCUCGCGCCUCACCGUCCUCAUCUCCCGCCACAUCUUUCCUCAGCUUGGGGCGGACGCGUUCGUGGAGAUCGAGCUCGGCGCGCCGGUGCUCGUCCCAGAUCCCGACGGCGACUUCACCGUCACUGCCUUCGACGCCAACCACUGCCCUGGCGCGGUGAUGUUCCUGUUCGAGGGCGCCUUCGGCAACGUCCUGCACACUGGCGACUGCCGCCUCACCCCCGACUGCAUUCAGGGCCUGCCGUUCAGGUACAUCACCGCUGAGGCACCAGGAGCGAACCAGGCGCCACCGUCGUGCCGCAUCGACUACCUCUUCCUGGACUGCACGUUUGCCAAGUGCCCGCUGCAAUUCCCGGCCAAGGAAGCCUCCAUACGUCAGGUGAUCAACUGCAUCUGGGAGCACCCUAAUGCGCCGACAGUGUAUCUCGUGUCCGACAUGCUGGGACAGGAGGACAUACUGAUCGAGGUGUCCAGGGCGUUCGGGUCGAAGAUAUACGUCAACAGGGACAAGAAUUCAGAGUGCUACCACACCCUGUCACUCGUCGCACCGGAAAUCCUCACCGAGGACACGUCCUCUCGCUUUCAGGUGAUCGAAUUCCCCCGGUUGUCGGAGCGGGCAACGGAGAUGCUUGCAUUAGCACGGGCGCAGCAGCAGCCUGAGCCCCUCAUCAUCAGGCCUUCUACCCAGUGGUAUGCGCACUAUGCGGCACCAGAUGCGUCGCUGAAGCAGAAGCCUGCGCUGACGGAGCCUAUGCGGGAUGAGUUCGGGGUGUGGCAUGUGUGCUUGACGAUGCAUUCGUCUCGCGAGGAGCUGGAGCAGGCCCUGCGAUUCCUCCAGCCUAAGUGGGUCAUCUCGACAACACCUCCUUGCCUUGCCAUGGAUCUGGCCUAUGUCAAGAAACACUGCUUCCUGUCCCGGCUAGGCCCCGAUGAUCCCAUCUGGAAGUUGCUCAGAAUACAUCAUGGAAAUGCUACUGUCACAGGCUCACCGCAGGCGGCGAUAACCACAGUAGAAGCCAUUAAGCAGAGCGAGGAACAAGAGUCGGAAGACACUUGUUCUGCUGUUUGCAGCCAGGUAUUACAAGAUUUUGCAAUUGAGGUGGUGCAGCCGGUGACAUUGUUUGGGAGAGCAAGGUUUGGAUUACCUCAGGACUUUGAACUGUGGAAAGACAAGUAUGAGAGUGUUCAAGUGGCCGAGGAGGUCAAAUUUGAGGAGGAAUUGCAGAAUUCAAAUGUAAAAUCCUUCGAGCUAUGGAAGGACUUCAAAUCUGACAAGGGCACUGCCCACAUGAUUGAUUUAACUCAAGCUGUAACAAACGAGCUCCAUGGUUCAGCAAUAGAACCUGAGUUGCAGAAGGACUGUGAAUCCAUCGACGGCAUUCAAGUAAUCGACAUUACUCAUGGUGAAGUGCGUGAGCACAGCUCGAGUAGGGACGGCUGUGCUGAACUUGCCAAGGAUGUGAAAUGCAAUCAGGGUGCAGAACAAAUCAGGUUAUCUAGAUUCGAGGUGAAAGAAGAGAGUUCAACUGCAAGAGCCAAGUUCUUGGAAAUUUGCAAGCCCAGGGAGAGUGUCAAAUUCAUCGCUGAGACAGUACAAGCUAAAGUAGAAGCAACAGAAGAACUGCUUUCUGAGGAUCGCAUUGUUCUAUCCGACAUUAGCAACAGACCUGAAGGCCCUGACACUGACAGAGCAGAUACUGCUGGAGUCGGGUCAUCAAAGGUUUUGAAUGCGAAGCUGAGGAGGCUGUACAGGUCGAUGAACGUGGCAGUUCCUCGGCCAUUGCCGUCAUUGGUGGAGCUCAUGGGAGCCUCCAAACGACCAAGGGUUUCCUCCCAGUUUCGUCAUCUAUGAAGGGCCUUUUGUUAUCAUAGCACAAGAUCAUUGCUAGAGCUCUAGAUUUGUCUCAAAUCCCUGUGCAGCUACAAAUUUGUUGCAAAUUUGUAUUGAAGUGAUUCCUUUGCUACAGAAAUCAAAGUGAUUUAGUGGUUGUGAAUACGUCAGUUCUUGAUAUGGUCUUGGCAUUUUGUGGUGAUGUAGCUGAUCCAAGUCCAUGUUUACUUUUGUAACAAGUUCAUGUCUACUUUUUUUGGAAACAUAAGUCCAAGUUUACUUGAUGUUUUUAUCA